AUGAGGAGAACAUGUUCGCAGUUUGCUGCUAUUCAGACAUCUCGACUUUAUUCAACCACCGCUGAAGUGAGCAAGAAUUCGACAAAAGAUCAACCGUCAGUUAACACUUAUGCGGUAAUCCAUCGGAAAAAUGAACGAAGAAAACCAGCUGAUACGUUCGGAACAUUGAGUUCAUUCGAAAAGAAACUUUUACCAUUCAAAAUACCUCACGGUCUAAAGCAAAAUAGUGGUGCUUUCGAAAAAGUUGACGAUAUAUUCGAAGAGGAAGAAGAUGAGGAUGAUGUUGGCUGGACAUCCAGUUUCUUGCGAUCGAAAUUUAAGGAAGAUAACAAAAAAUUGCCUGUAAUCACAGAACCGUUAGCAUUUGGACGGAAACAACGAAAAAAAUUAAGAAAAAAGAAGGAAGCUGAAGAAGAAUAUGAAAAAUUGUAUGGUGUAGAUCGAAGUACAGCAAAAGUUAUCAUUGAGUGUGCUAGAAAAGAAUAUAAUCAUUAUGACGGUAUGCGAUAUCCUCCUGGUGAUAUACAGUUAGCAAGCACAUACUGGAUAAAAAGCAAGUAUAAGAAUGAUUGGUUCACUAUUUAUCCGGUCAUGAGAAAGAAUCCAUCAUUCAACCGUGAUGAAUCGUUUUCUUGGGAUGAAAAUGUAGGCCUACUUGAUUCAGUAGUCAUUGAGAAUGCCCGAAAACUCGGCUUUCGCGUGCCAACGAUCAUACAGCGUCGAGCAUUCCGAGCCUUCAAAGGUGAUGCACACCUUCUUAUAACUGCUGAAACAGGUUCAGGCAAAACAGCAGCAUAUGCUGCGCCAUUGUUGUCUGUUCUAUUGCAAAAUAUGGAUCGACAUGCAAAAGGCAUUGUGCUAGUUCCUACACAUGCGUUGCGGAUGCAAACUUCGCUAAUGAUCAGCAAACUUGCCGAAGGUACUGAUAUUAAAGUCAUUGGAGAUGGCGAGAAAUGGCAAAGCGAGAAAUUGAGCAGCCAAGAGGAUUGGAAUAUCCUUGUUAGUACACCCAGCUUUUCUCCUGAAUUUUUCGCAUCUUUCAAUAUUGAUUACAUUGUUUUGGAUGAAGCCGAUAUGUUGCUCGAUGAUAGUUUUUUGGAUAGUAUUGUUGGAUUGCUUCGUCCUCUUAAAAUACGACACUCGGUGGACGAUAAGAAUUCUAAAGAUGGUGUACGCUUGAUUUUCUCAUCCGCUACAUAUCCGGAUCAGUUGCAAUGCAUUGCCGAGAGUAUAGUCGAUCAUGAACAUUUGUAUUGUGUCAAAACUGAGAACUUGCAUCGUAUUAUGCCUCAUAUAAAGCAAACUUUCAUCAGAAUCAGAGAAAUUGAUAAACUAGAGAAAUUGCAAGAGUUACUCCAAAAAGGACUCUCUUUUCUGAGCGGCCAGACUUUAAUCUUUUGCAAGGAUUUAAAAAAUGUAAACUUGGUAUCAAAGUCAUUAAGGGAAGUAGGCAUUGAACAUACUAUUCUGAGUGGUGGUUGUCGAAAUGAAAGGAUAAUUGAUGAGUUAUGCAGUGGCACUGUGCGUAUUAUCAUAGCAACGGAUGUUGCUAGCAGGGGUUUAGAUCUUCCUCAAUUGAGGCAUAUUAUUAAUUACGAUUUUCCACGGCAAAUUUCGGAUUAUAUUCAUCGAUGCGGUCGAAUUGGUCGCAUUGGGAGUUUGCAUAAAUGUUUGAUAACAUCAUUUGUCCGACGAGCUUGGGAAGUAAAGCAUGUGAAUUCCAUUGAAUUGGCUGCACGACUUCAUCAGCCACUAAAAGAUGUGGAAAUGAAUGAUCCAGCGAGGUUGAAGGGAUCAGUGCAGAAAAAUUUGAUUUUAUGA